AUGGAGAAUCAGGUUAGUUUUAUUACCAUGGAGAAUACAGAGAGAAGUUAUGCCGACACUAACGCUCAAGACGAAGUGUCUUUGGAGAACCCAAAAAAGGGAAGCCUUUUCGGGCGUUUUACAGAGAUGUACCCACAAGACUUUGCCAAAAAGGUAACGGCAGAGGUGAUAGCUACGUACCUGUUGGUGUUUGUGACAUGCGGAUCAGCAGCCCUGAGCGCCAACGACGAAGGGAAGGUGUCGAGGCUUGGGGCAUCGAUGGCUGGAGGACUUAUUGUGACAGUGAUGAUCUAUGCAGUUGGGCACAUCUCCGGGGCUCAUAUGAACCCUGCUGUCACUCUGGCUUUUGCUUCUGCCAGGCACUUUCCCUGGAAUCAGGUACCAUUAUAUGCAGCAGCACAGCUGACGGGGGCAACUUGUGCAGGAUUCACACUUCAUGUUCUCUUGCAGCCUAUAAAGCUCGUUGGAACGACAUCCCCCUCAGGAAGUGACAUCCAAGCCUUGGUCAUGGAAAUCGUCGUGACAUUUUGUAUGAUGUUCGUGACCUGUGCAGUGGCAACGGAUACCAAAGCUAUAGGGGAGCUUGCAGGGAUAGCAGUGGGAUCUGCAGUUUGCAUCACUUCAAUCUUAGCAGGACCAAUAUCAGGAGGCUCGAUGAACCCCGCAAGGACAAUAGGACCUGCACUAGCUAGCAAGUACUACAAGGGUAUUUGGGUGUAUCUAGUUGGACCAGUGUGCGGGACUUUGAUGGGAGCAUGGUCUUACAGCUUCAUCCGUGUCUCGGACAAGCCAACCCAUGCUUUAACACCUCGUUCAUCUCCAUUCAAGAUUUUCCGGGUGAGCAAUAAUCAAGAAAUAUCAAUUAACAGUUAUCUUAACCGGGUGUGAUGCAUGGAUCAUGUCCAUGAAUGUUCCUAGUCGAAGCAAGUGCUAGCAAAUAAUACAUUGUAUUAUAAUCUAGUUGCGGAGCAAGAGAUGUGCUUAGGUACCGGGACAUGUAAAAUAUAUAUAUAUAUAUGCUACAUGUAUUUCUUUUC